UGCAAACGGCAUGCGAUUGAACGCCCUGCUUGAGCAGUACGAUGGCAUCCUCAAUGCAACUCAGGUGCCAAAGAUUCGCACCUUGAUUCUUGAAUGCGACGCGCACGAUUCCUGCUUUGGUCAGUCGUGCCAGGUGUCUUUUUGACAGCAUUGGCACCCAGCAAUAGCUUUCUGCCGUUGCCAUCAUUUGGCAAAACGGACAGGACCAACAGCAAGCAAUCAGAUAGCAAAGUUAUAUCAGAACUUGCUGUUUGGUCAGGUGAUUCACCGGAUGCACGCCGACUUAGAUCUGCGAUUGAGAGUAUCUUGAGGGAGCAGGAGGCUUUGCGUGAAGAGACUCCCGCGGUUACAGGUGGUGCAUGGUUUUCAGUUUUGUCAGCUGUGGGCCUUGCACUUCUCGCUCAAACUUCUUGGGCCGGCCCGGCUGCAUUGCCGGUAAUUGCCAGUGCUAUAUUUUCUUACACGUCUGUGGCCGAAAGCUUCGGGACGAAGUCUGUGGGGCUUGGUCGAUGCAGCUUUUCCCAGGCGCUCGCAGAUGCAGCGGAGCAGGAAAGAGCGCUGGCAGCUGCAGAAGGCCCCAAGGCCUUGUUACCCUUUGGAGCAGGAUGCACAGCCAUCUUUGCGGCAGUUUGUGUCACCUUGAAGAUUUUUGAAGAGGAUCCAGCUAAUUUGGCUGUGGCACUGGCGCCGGCAGUUGGGUGGCCGUCCAAAGCCAACAGCCUUCCCGCGAUGCUCGACUGGCUGUUUUGCUUUGCCUCCGUUUUGGGAGCUGUCGCGACAAAUGACAAAGCACUGUCGGUCAUCUCGAAGGUGCGGCCGCAAUUACGAAACCCAUUGCAGGAAGAGGAUGAUAAUGACGAGCCACGAGAGCUCGACGACGGAGACAUUGAGGUGAAGAGGGCACAGCAGUAUGCGCCAUGCGUUCUUCAUGCGCUUGAGGUAGGCCUUCGCUCGCGUGUAUUGCUGGCGGUUUUCAGUGCUAUCGCGUGCUUUCUACCACUCUUGCUGUUCAAGGAAGCUUCGACAGCUAGCCUCGUUGCUGCUGCGGAUGAGAUUUGUGUGAUCGUGUCAGCCAGUGCAGCAGCACAGACAGCUUUCAGCUUUCUCAUUGCGGAAAAGUUCUUUGCGGAUGCAGAGCGCCGAGUGGCAGCACAGUCACGACAAGCCGCCUUGUCCGAGUUGUUUUUUGCACAGGCCACCGCUGAUUCUGCCGGGCUGGCAGCAAACAGCGCGUUGAGUGCUAGCAGCUUGGGGGUAGCUUCAGUGGUCACGGAAUUCUCAAAGGGAAUCGCUGCUUGCGCUGUGUGGCCAGCCGUUGCGAGCACCUUUCAGUCUACAGUGAGCGCCGUAACUUCUCGUGCUGAAGCCGAUGCUGCCUGGCUUGAGAAUCAAUCCUCCAAGCGGGCCUCGGAGGGCAUGGAAGCAGACAUGGACACCGUUGCUGCUGCAGCGCGCGAGUUCCAGCAGCUGCAGAGAGACUUUUUCUUGGAUGAGUUCACAGAGAACAUUCGCAACGAAUUGAAAGCCUUAGAGGUGGGGCAGGUGCGGGAGUUUCGUGGACUCUCCAGAGAUCAGCGAAGGAAGGUGCACUUGGUUGCGGCAGAGCAGGGCAUGUGUUCCGAGUCCUUCGGCUUGACCCGCCAAAGGAUGGCGCGACGCGUCGUAGUGACCAAUCCGAAGAAUUCUUCAAGCACUCCGGUCAGAAGCUUCUCUGAGGGCAUCGGAGGCGAUAUGCAGAACUGGCUUGAGACUCUGCAGGAGGAGAUCAAGGCUAUCCAGAAAACCGUACUUCAAAGCGGAUGGAAGGAGAACACGUUGGCAGGAGCCCUUGUCUUCGGAAGUGUGGCAUCUCCGCUUGUUCUUGGCCAGUCUGGUGCAGAGCUGUUCUUGCCCCUGGCAACGGGAACGGUUGGCCUGUGCUCAGCAUGGCAGGAGACUGCAGGCAAGGGAGCAGUGGCAAACGCAAAGAGGCAAACAGCUGUCUUGAUGUCAAAGGAAGCACGGGCGGAGACCUUUUUGGGCCGGGCCCAAAUUGCCUAUGCAGCAUUUCCAACGGAUGUGGCCAUCGCAACCUUGGCAACCACUGCUACCGUGCUGUCCUAUCAGUUUCCGCUGACCUUUUUCUGGAGAGCGGUAGCUAUGUCAACGGUCAUUCCGGCUUAUACAGCUUGCUCAGUAGCUAUGCAUCGCAGACGGAAAGUGGAACGAUUCGUGGCUGCUGCAAUGAGGUGUGUCGAUGCGACGCCAAUCCCAACUCAGCGCCGAAUUUGGAAGCAGAGAUGUUGGUUGCUUCCACUCAUUUCUGCAUUGGUGAUUCCCUGUGCUCCGCCUGGGCGGGCAACUGUUGCUUGCGCAGCUUUUGCCGCAGAAAUUGCUUUGGCGAUGGCGGAAAGCUCGCUUCAGUUGGCCAAUGCUCAAGGCAGCAUCGCAAGAGCCAGCCGCGUAGUGGCAACAGCUGAUGCUUGGUCACAGCUGGCACAAUUUUCUGCCAGAGCCUUGCCAGCACGGACAUCAUUGGCAGUGGUUUCUACUCUGAUGGCAACUGCUCUGGUGGAAUUUUCCCUUCCUUUGUGCUCCUUGUUCCCACUUCUGGGAGCAGCAGUUCUUGCGCGCUCCUAUCAGUUGAACAGGCAGGCACAACGGGCUUCGGCAAAGCUAGAAGAGGAGUUCAUGGAUAUGCAGGUGCUGCGAAAGGUGGAGCCCUGGCCCCGCUUGCGCGAGCUGUCUGCCUCUGAGCCGGUGCAGCCCAGCGCCAGGUGGAAGUCCACGCCUGGAGUGCUUGCACCUCUCAAUUUGGCGGACAAGAUGCUUCGGACGCUUGUGAGUCUGAAGAAUGUUUGGGAUGAUCGUGGUCCUGCCGAUGCAUACAAGCCUCCACCUGCGGAUCAGGCUGUCAGGAGCGUGCAGGCAAACUUGAAUGAGAUUCGAUCUCUGACAAGGUUCACCAGAAGUUCUUGGUUUCGGACAUUAUCUUUGGUGGGAUUCGUUGCUUUGGCAUCAGUCUUACAGCCAUGGGUCCUGUUCUCAAGCAGUGAGGUGGUGUUGCCAGUGGCUGGUGCACUCCUGACAAUCUUUGUGGCUGCAUCUGAAAGCGAUGCGCGGCAAAGCGCGUCAGCUUCGAAGGUGAAAGCAGCUGAUUUGAAGUCCGCCUGCAGCACAAUGGAGGAGUUCGCUGCAUCUGCCAUGCAGUUCCGGUCCUACCUGUUGGCCUUUGCUGGCUGCACUGCCGCUACUUGUGUGCUGUCUUUGGUUUCCAUCAAGCCAGGAGCCCUCAGCUUAAGGUACAGCUGGUUGCGUGCCGUGCAGCAGUAUUGGAGCUUGGGGCUAGUGGUGUUCCAUGUGGUCGCUGCAGCCUGCAGCACCUUUCCACUCAAGGCUGUAUUGCUGUGGACCUCAAGGGUGAAGCUUGACGUGCCAGCAUCGAGGAGUUCUAUCUAUCCACAGCCCCUAGCGCCUGGUGCUGUUGUUCAAGGGUUGCCGAAGGGUCAUCGUUGGCGGGAUCUCUUUUGCCAUGGCCGAUGGAGCUGGUUGCAACCCCUUCUUGCAGCAUUUCCUUGCGUGCUUUUAGCCCUGUUUCCAUCAAGCAGGAGCUUUGAGGAAAGGUCGAUCGCGUCAACUGCAGCAAGCAGCCUGGUGGUGGCUGCUACGCUGUGUCUUGCGGAGCGUGCCUUGUACCGCACGGAGCUUCUGAUUUCCGGCCGGCGCAUUAGCUUUGCUCUGACGGAUUCAUUAGCAAACGAGGCUGAGCAGCAGAGCGCUUUGCUGCCAGUCGCCACGGCAGCGACCAUCGCAGUCUCUGCAGCUGUAACGUUUGGAGUGGAGCUGAACCCCUUUGCGGCCUCGGCUUUGGCCUUACUUCAGGCAGUUACUUGGGUCUUGGCAUCCAGGAAGGCCUUGGAGGCGAGAUUUGGGAGCGACGCAGCGAUUCAGGUGGCCACUGUGACUGAUGGCCGCGUUGCCCGUCCUGGACGCCCGCAGGAGGACGUCUCUCCAAAGAGACUUGGGCAAUGGAGAAGCUGGGUCAGCAUGUUCAGUCGGCCUACUUGAGAAGCGUCGGGCUUCGCCGUUACCUCAGAUAACUACUCUGUAAAAGAAAGGUCAGUCAGUUGAUGUACUCGAUUGGGUCUUUAGGGCUGAAAAAGGCAGUCGUGCCUGCACUAUUGGUCAUGUCGAGCUUGCGAGCUUGCUUCAGUGACGUUAUUCGUGCUCAUUGCAUAGCAUGAUAUACUCAGAGUCACCUGGCGCUGUACCCAGC